GCCGGGGCCGCCGCACGGGGCUGUCGGGAACGCCGGCCGGGUCGCGCAGGCCGGGUCGACGCUUUCCAGGCGUUCGAGACGCGGUGGCUGAAGAUUUCUGCAGAGCCUUGACCUAAGGACAUCUUAAUGGCCUUGGGAGAAGAAAAAACAGAGGUGGCAGUAGAGGCGUCCAAGGACACAAAGCUCCCACCCUGUGGGAGAUGGAGCUGCAGGGAGCAGGAGAUGGACACAGGUCCUGUGAGCAGUGAGCAGCUGCCCCGCCUGGAAGCUGAGGGAGGGCCUGCCUCCCCUGCGUGUGGGCCAGAAGAGCUACAUGUCGCUGCCUGCUGCGGUGGGGCCAGCCCUGGAGACCCCCGUGGGGCCUGCCAGCCACAGGCUGACCUCUUCUGCAAGGAGCCAGUAGCUGGUGGGUCUCCGCCUGCGCUGGGUUGUCUGCUUCCUCCUGCUGGUACGGGGACUGGAGACCUGCACUCUAUGGAAAACCAGAUGGAAGAGACCAGGACUUCUGCUUCAGAGGAGCAAUCUCAGACUCUUACUGUUCGCAGAGCUACAGCUCUUAGCCCAGGAGAUGAUGCUGAUACAGAAGAUGACCCAUUCCCAGUAGAGACGCCGCAAGUGCUAGACCACAGCCAAGAGGCUCGCAUCUCCUGUUUCUCUUUCCCAUCGAGGUGGAGGUCUGUGGUGAGCCCAGGUGCUAAUAAUGCACCUCAGUUUUCCAGCUGCAGCAUCUCUGCCUCAUCUCCGGGCAGCAGCCUCCAGCGUCACCAAGAGCAGGCGGAGACUCAAGGUUGCUCCCUUGCCACGGUCUUCUCCUCUUCGGAGCUGGUUGUUCCCCAGUCAGCUCCCUCUGUGGUGGGACCAGGGCCUCCGCUCCAGUGGUCACCACAGCCUGUGUCCUCUAAGGAUGAUGUUCCAGGGCCGGGCAGGAGGCACCUCUCCUUCCAGGCUGAGUACUGGGCCUGUGUUCUUCCAGAUUCUCUGCCCCCUUCUCCUGACCGCCACUCUCCCCUCUGGAACCCAAAUAAAGAGUAUGAAGACCUGUUGGACUAUACUUACCCACUGAGGCCCAAGCCUCAGCUCACAAAGCACCUUGACAGCCAUGUGCUCGCUGAUCCUAUCCUGCAGGACUCAGGUGUAGACCUGGAUAGCUUCUCUGUCUCCCCAGCAAGCACCCUAAAGUCACCCACUAAUGUCUCCCACAGUUGCCCACCAGCAGAGGCUACUGCCCUGCCAUUCUCUGCACCUAGAGAGUUGGGUCUCAAGCAGUGGCCCUCAAGAGUACCUCACCAGCAGGGCAGCAGGGACUUGGCAUCUUGUGGCCAGCUUACCUCUACCCCCAGAGCUGCAGGCCGUAGAGGCACCCCUAGGGAGAGCAGAGAGCCAGCCCCAAAGGGUGUGAAGGACAGGCUGACUGUGGACAAGCACCUCCAGGUGGACUCUCCUCAGCUGAGGAAAUGGAACAGAGGGUGGCCCUCACCCAGACCAGGAAGAGAGAGAGGGGUCAGCCAGUGUGUCCAGCCCACUGUCUACACAGAAUCCAGAUGGAAAUCAGAAGAGAUGGAAAGUGACGAGGAGUAUCUUGCUCUGCCCACACGACUCACGCAAGUUUCUAGUUUGGUUUCAUAUCUAGGUUCCGUUCCUACCUUGGUGACCUUUCCCCCUGGAGCGGCUGAAGGGCAGAGUUCCCUGGAUCUAUCAGACGGCGAUGGGCCAGCUUCCCUCCCGUCGGACUCCAAUCAAAGCCAGCUUCCCCCUGGGGCUGCACUCAGAGUGUCCCGGGACCCUGACAACCAGAACCCCCCUUUGCUACACUCUUUCAUCCAUGCAGGGGGCUCUGCAGGGAAAAGGAGUCUAGUGAACAGUCAGACCCUGGGGCUUUCCUCUGGACCACUGAGAACAUGCUCCUCCUUGCCAGCUGCGUUGGCCCAGCGGGCACUCUCGGAAUCAGGUGCUGGAGGAGAGCAGGGGAAAGAGUCUCUCGUGCAGUGUGUGAAGACAUUUUGUUGUCAACUUGAAGAGCUGAUCCUCUGGCUGUAUAAUGUGGCUGACAUCACUGACCACUUGACUCCACCUAAGUCCAAUCUUACUGGUCUCAAGUCUUCUCUGCAGCUUUAUCGGCAAUUUAAGAAAGACAUAGAUGAGCACCAGUCCCUGACAGAGAGUGUUUUACAGAAAGGGGAGAUUCUUCUUCAGUGCCUGCUGGAUAACACCCCAGUGUUAAAGGAUGUCCUCGGGAGGAUCUCAAAGCAGCCCAGCGAGCUGGAGGGCCAUGCGGAUCGCCUGUAUGACUCUAUCCUCACCUCUCUGGACCUGCUGGCUGGCUGUCCCCUCACCCCACAACAUGCCAGUGGCACACAGGAGCACUGAUGUGAAUGGCUUUUGCCUGCAUCUUCUUAGAGGUAUAAUCAUUCAGCUAAAACCUGGUUGGUGUGAAACUUACAAGAAGGCCCUUGUAAGAGCCAUUUAACACUGAAAUCAAGGGGGAAAUUAAAUCUGCAAUGUACUAGCUUUAAAAAUGCCUUUCUCUUCCCUCGAGUAAGGGCUAUUAAAUUACUAUUUUCAUUUAAAAUGAUUCCAUCCAAACUAAGGUCUUCCUCUUGGUGCAAAGAGCAUGUGGCUUUGCAGUUUUAAUAAAAUGCUAAUGAGACUGACA